AUGGUCUUGCCUCAGCUCGCUCUCCUGACCCUGGCCCCGGCCGGCAUCCUCGGCCUCGCCGCGCCGCUCGGCCCACGCGCCGUGGACUGGGACAAGUGGAAGCCCGGCGUGAGCUUCCAGAUCGUCCUCCACCACCCCAUCAAAGCCGAGACCACGGCCGACAUCAUCCCGGCCAACGCCGAUGUGUGGGACAUUGACCUGCAGCACGCGGUCGACUACGAGAACAUAAUCCCCACUCUCAAGUCAGCGGGAAAGAUUGUCAUGUGCUACUUCAACGGCGGCGCCGUCCAAGACUGGGACGAGGACCUCCAGUCCUUCCCCGCCGCCGUCAUCGGCUCGCCCCUGAACCCGCCCUAUACAGACGAGCGCUACCUCAACAUCAAGGACAGCCGCGUCGUGUCCCUCAUGAAGAAGCGCCUCGAGCACGCCGCGUCAAUCGGUUGCGACGCCGUCGACCCGGACAACAUUGACGCCUGGGCCGAAGACGGCGACGACCCGACGGGCUUCAACCUGACCCCCGCCGACUACGCAACGUACAUCACCGCCCUGGCAGCCCACGCGCACAUCCUCACGACCACGGCUGCGAGGAAGUUGCUCCUGGGCCAGAAGAACGCGCCCACCAUUGCGCCGCAGCUGGCGUCCGUCGCGGAUUUCGCUGUGCUGGAGACGUGUCUUGGCACCCGGACGUCGGACGAGGUCGAGCCCUUCUGCGCCGACUUUCAGCCGUACGUCGCGGCGGGGAAGCCCGUGUUCCAGAUCGAGUACCCGACCAGCGUCCGGGAUGAUGAUGCCAUCGACCAGGCCGAUUACGACUACUUUUGCGUCAACAAGAAUGGAAACGAAGGGUUCAGCGAGGUGUUGAAGCAUGCCAGCGAGCAGGUUGAUGGUUGGGGCCAGUUUUGUGGCUUGGGGCUUACGGGAGCAAGGUUCGAGACGCCGACUAUUGAUGAGGACGAGGAGUGA